AUGAAGGAUUUGGGACCAUUACACUAUUUCUUGGGAAUUGAAGUUGAUUGCAGUGGUGAUUCAAUGCACUUGACGCAAUCCAAAUAUGCAUUGGACUUGCUCUCUCGCACAAAAUUUUCUGAAGCAAAGCCUAUUUCCACGCCCACCACAAGUGUUCAUAAGUUGAGUGCUCUUGACAUUCGUCAGUUCAUGCAUACCUUUGAUCAUGGAUUAGUGUAUCGGCAUGGUGACUUGCAACUUCAUGCCUUUUCUGAUGUGGACUAUGCCUGA